AUUAGUCAGUUAGAGGUCAGGCUUGUGCAGCAUCAAAAAAUGAAUAGAUAUUCUGUGAUACAUAUUUUUCUAUUUUUAGUUUAUUUAUUAUUGUAUAAUGAAGCAAAACAAUAUCAUGCUGUGGUCAUUAUUCACGGAGUUCUCACUGGAAGCGAUAGCAUGGAACUCAUUAGUAACAGAAUUCAGGAGAUGCAUCCUGAUACUCCAAUCUAUAACACUGUCAGAUUUGCAGGUUGGAGUAGUUUGGAACCAAUGUGGCAACAGGUAGAGGAAAUAGGCAUGGAUGUACUUUCUAUAAGUGCUGCAUUUCCUGAAGGAAUUAAUUUAAUAGGUUACAGUCAGGGUGGUUUAUUAGCUAGAGCCAUAUUACAAAGAUUUCCCAUGCAUAAUGUCAGAAAUUUUAUUUCCUUGAGCUCACCGCAAGCGGGACAAUAUGGAACACGUUUCCUGCAUUUGAUUUUCCCAGAUCUAGUCUGUGAAACUGCUUAUGAACUUUUUUAUUCGCGACUUGGGCAACAUACCAGUAUUGGAAAUUACUGGAAUGAUCCUCACCAUCAGGAAUUAUAUUAUAAAUAUAGCAAAUUUCUACCAUUUGUGAACAAUGAAAUCAAUCUUUUCAAUAAUUCUGAUUAUAAAACAGGUCUAACCAAAUUGAAACGUAUGAUACUUAUUGGAGGCCCAGAUGAUGGAGUUAUCACUCCAUGGCAAAGUAGUCAUUUUGGAUAUUAUGAUAAUAAUAAUACUGUGAUAGAUAUGCAUGAUAGAUCUAUUUAUAAAGAUGAUGCGAUUGGAUUGAAAACAUUAGAUAAACAAAGUAAGCUAGAAAUCAUAACUGUCCCUGGAAUUCAUCAUUCUGAAUGGCAUAAAAAUAUUUCUAUAGUAGAUCAAUUCUUAUUACCAUAUUUAGAUUAAAUUUAAUAAAAUGAAUUUACAAGAUAGAAAUGUGCCAAAAUGUGUCAUAAUAGAAAAUUUAAGAAAUAU